AUGGCAUCGUCAGAAGAAUACAAAAUCACCAAACUCAAUAGCAAUGACUUUGACGAGUGGGCUACCCUCUUUCGGGCUUAUAUCGAUUUCUAUCAGACUACAAUCCCCGACGAACAAUACCGGAAAACCUUUGAUCGAAUCCUUGAUACCAAUUCUGACCUGUACGCCUUGGUGAUGAGACAGCAGCAAGGCGAAUCCGGAGAUGGAAAAAUGAUUGCGAUUGCGCACUUUUUCCCUCAGCAAACCCCGUGGAGCGAAAAGAAUAUUAUGCUAUUGAACGAUCUCUUUGUGGAUCCAGCAGUCAGAGGAAAGGGUCAGGGUCGCAAGAUGAUCCAGGCAGUGGCAGAUGCCUCAAAGGAGAUGGGGUGCCUUCGACUUCAGUGGCUGACGAAGCAUGAUAAUGUCACUGCUCGUCGACUCUAUGAUACGAUGGCAGACACCUCAUUUGUUCAAUAUCGUAUGGGACUAUAG